CAUCGAACUCAUCAAGGCACAAAGGUCACUCUAGCCAAGAUGAGAGCGAAGUGGAGAAAGAAGCGAGUUCGACGCCUGAAGCGCAAGAGAAGAAAGACGAGAGCCAGAAGCAAGUAAACGACUCGCACUACAAACCUCCAAUGAGUGCUCAACAUCCACUGCAACCUGUACAACAACCACCAGUCACGCGACCAUGACAUGAUCUCGGCGCUGAAGGAAGGAGCGGCACCUGACGGCGUCUUGGGGAAUGGGCGUACAAACUCCACCACUGAGUGCGGAGGAUUAUGGGCAAAGCAUCACUCGCGUUGGAAGGCAAAUGAAGGCGUUUAUGCAUGCAUUAUGAAAUGGUCACCAUGAACCUCUAAUACCGGCCUGCUGCUUCGGCGAGCCUUUGAGGAUUAGUGGGAGGUCCCAUAGCAGUAGCUUUCAGGAAUGGAGCUUUGAUCUGCU